AAGGGCAUUGAUGGAAUAUAGAAAAGAAACCAGCCCAAGGUUUCCUUUAUGGCGCCUUUUCUACCUUAUUCUGUCUAUUAUUUAGUUCAGCACCCUUCUCCUUCUCCAUCUUUUGUUCUUCUCCUUCCCCAUAUUUAGUUCUUUAUAUAUAUAUCAAGAUCAGUAUAUAAUUUACAUAUAUUACUCCUUUAUAAAAUAUAUAAUAUGUAGGUAUACGUGAAAGGUUUUGUGCAUGGAAGAUAAUAACAGUAAUACUGUAUCAGCAGCCACACAGGUGUCUCCGGCUACUACUAAGGAGGACGAUCAACAAGUGAGGGAGGCGGGUCAAGAUUGCGGUGGAGGCACUGUGGAGGCAUAUCUCGAAAGUGAUCAUAUAAGGGUGAGUAGUCGCAGAGCUGAAAUAACAGUGAAAAGAAAAAGAGGGAGACCUAGGAAGUUUGAUCAUCAUCAUCAUCAUCAUCAUAUUCAAAUGGAUCAUGAAAAUACAAUGUCGAAUGUGUCACCUUCUUCUUCUAAUUUCUUGAGGAGCUGUGAGAAGAGAGGAAGAGGGCGGCCUCGUGGUUCUGGUAGAUUGCAGCUCUUGGCUGCUCUUGGUGGUUUUGCUGCAGAAACAGCAGGAGGAAUCUUAAUUCCUCAUGUGAUUACUGUGAAUACAGGAGAGGAUAUCGUAAGCAAGAUAUCAUCAUUCGCCCAAAGGGGUCCUCGAGCAGUUUGCGUUCUUUCUGCUACUGGCGUUGUUUCAUGUGUUAUCAUUCGUCAACCUGGUUCUUCUGGUGGACUUCUGAGAUGUGAGGGCCACUUUGAGAUUCUUUCUCUGUCAGGAUCAUUUACAUUUAGAGAGACAAGUACUGCACGUCGUAAAAUUGGCGUGUUAAGUGUUACACUGGCAAAACCUGAUGGCCAAGUUUUUGGUGGUGGUGUUGUUGGUUCUUUAAUAGCAUCAGGUCCUAUCCAACUGAUUGUUGCCAGCUUCAAGCAGAACAUUAGUAAGGAACUCAAGUUAAGGCAAUCUUCUGAAUCUUCAACUUGCAGUGUGCCUGGUAAUACGGAAAUGGUCAGAGUCCCUAUCCAAAUUGUAGGAAUCACAGAUGGUGGUGGUGAUCAAGAGAACUGCACACCAACAUCUCCAGUUGUGGAACCCAGAAAUGCUGAAGCAGAGAACACAAUCAUUACAAAACAACACAUGAAGCCUGUUCCUCAAAAUGGAAGUGGACAAACUGUAGUGCAGUCGCCUCAGCAGAUUUCAGACGAAAAAGUAUCUCCUGACAUCAAUGUCAGUGUCGCUGAGAUUUGAAGAUCUCUAGUUCCUGAUAAUUGAAUUAUGGCAUUAUGUUAAUUGUUUCUGUAAUGUUUCUUAUCCGAUUAGACUUCCUUUUUCUUUCCUUUUAGUUUUAAUAAUUAGUGGCAGAAUAACUGUCAUAGAGAAAUGAAGGUCCUUCUGAUACAUAUUAUUACAGUAACGGACUGCAGGGAUUAUUACAUGGUUAACGGAACUGCUAUGAUUGUCGUUUUAGAAAUGCUACUAUAUAUUACAUGUGAUCUGAUAUCCAAUUUGGCAAAGAGAUGAACCUCAAAUUUAUGUAUU